AUGCGCUCCUCUUGUAUACUGGCAGCCUCAUCGCUGCUGCUAUCCACGGCUGGAGCCAUCAACCUCCGCGAACGUGGACAGGAUGCCCCUCGCGUCGUCAAGUUUGACCUGGAGCGUAACGAGAUCGAGGACCGGGUGGCUCAUGACCGGAACAGGUACCGCAAGCGUGACUCUGUGCAGGCCACUCUGGACAACCAAAAAGCGCUGUAUACCCUCAACAUGACGAUCGGCACGCCCAAGCAGAGCUUCCGGGUCGACAUCGACACGGGCAGCAGCGACCUGUGGGUCAACGCGGCGUCCUCGACGCUGUGCGAGCGCAGGACGGACCCGUGCGCGUCGGGUGGGUCGUACAGCGUCAACGCCUCGUCGACCUACAGCUUCGUGCGGGACGACUUCAACAUCACGUACGUGGACGGGUCGGGUGCGGCCGGCGACUACGCGACCGACACGGUGGACGUGGGCGGGACCGUGAUCAAGGCCCUGCAGUUCGGCAUCGGCUACGAGAGCACGUCGACCAACAACAUCAUGGGCAUCGGCUACCGGACCAACGAGGCGCAGGCCGCCAACCUGGGCAUGACCCCUUACGAGAACGUCCCGGCCCGGCUGGUGUCGGACGGCGUCAUCGCCUCGACGGCCUACAGCCUCUACCUCGACGACCUGGACGCCAGCACGGGCAGCCUGCUCUUCGGCGGCGUGGACCGGUCGCAGUACACGGGGGAGCUGGUGACGCUGCCGAUCCAGAGCGUCGGCACCGACAGCGACGGCCAGCCCGUCUUCCGCGAGUUCUGGCUCACCCUCAGCCAGCUCGACCUGGCCGGCAGCACCGUGGCCGAGGACAUGGGGCUCGCCGUCCUGCUCGACUCGGGCAGCUCCCUGACCUACCUGCCGGACGAGCUCACGGCCGCCAUCUACGACGCCGUCGGCGCCCAGUACGACUCCCAGGCCGGCCUGGCCGUCGUCGAGUGCGCCCUGGCCAGGCAGUCGGCCAACCUGACCUUCCACUUCGACAAGCCCGCCGUCGUCAGCGUCCCCAUCGACGAGCUCGUCAUCUCCUCCACCUCGGAGUCGUCGGCCGACACGGCCGAGAACCAGAUCUGCACCUUUGGCAUCGCCCCCUCGGGCUCGUCCUCGUCCGUCCUGGGCGACACCUUCCUCCGCAGCGCCUACGUCGUCUUCGACCUGGACAACAACGAGAUCUCCCUGGCCCAGAGCAACUUUGACGCCACCGACAGCGACAUCGUCGAGAUCGGCUCCGGCGCUGACGCCGUCCCCUCCGCCACCGACGCGAGCGAGUCCAUCGCCGCCACCCUCGGUCUGCCCUCCGAGGCCCAGGCCACCGGCACCAUGAACAUCACUACCGGGAACAGCCUCAACGAUACCGACGACGGUGACAGCGCUGCCGGUAUCCUCGCCGCUGCACCUGUCGCUGCUACCGUCGUGUCGGUUGUCGCUUGCGGGAUCGUCGCCUUUCUGAUCUAA